GUCGUCUGCUAGUAAAAUUUGUAACCUUCAACUUUGUUAAAGUUUGACACUAAUUUUUUAGAAAUAAUUAAAUAAAUAGUUCAACAUUAUAUUCUAAUUUAGUAUUCAAAGACUACACAAAUUUAUUAUUUCCGUUUUCAAGAAGACUUUAAACGAAAAUGAAAUUAGGAAAGAAACACGUUGAACUAGCUGUUAAAUGGACACCUACACUUAUGACGUACGGUGCAGCUUCCGGACUGGCAGCAUUAUGGAUUAUAGAUUGGAAAACAGUUCUUCAACAUGUUCCCUACUACGGAGGAAAAUUUAAAGAAUAAAUAUGAAGAAUAAUUGAAAAAUUUUUGUUAUGAAAAAUUUAUUAGGUUAACUUAGUGGACAUACGUGUACCAUGAAUCUAUUAUAUGUCUAAAUAUAAGCUAAAAAUAA